AUGGGAAAUAAUUGUUGCAAAAGUAGUAUUCGUUAUGCAGAUAUGCUUCAUGAAAUUCAAAUUUUUAAUUUUAAUGACUCUAAAUAAGAAUUUCCACUUGAAUAGCGUAUGAUAAGAGAACUUAUGCUUGACACAAAAACCGUUUACCAAUUAUAAAUAUGCUUGAAAAAAUUUUUACUUGAGAAUGCAUUAUUAAUAAAAGAAUAGAAGAUUUAAGUAUAAGACAAAGGAAUAAUUUCAAGAAUCUCAGCACCACCAUUAUUAGAUUAAGUUUGGCAAAUGGCAAUAUUAUAUUCAUAAAAUUACAUUACAAUUUGUAAAAAGCUUGUAGGAUAUAUAAUUGACAGAGAAUACAAUCAACAGAAUUUGCAUUACAAAAUUCUGUAAAAGAUGUUACCUGAAUAUGAUGAUAAAAUGUAUUCAAUAGAAUCAGAAUUUAUCAUUUGGGUAAAUUAAUAUGUAUUAGAAUAAGUAAUAAGGGAUAUUCAUGAUUCUAUAGUGAAUGAAGAAACAAUUACUUUUGAAUUUAUAUUAAAUCUUAUGAUGUAGAUAAAAUUGAAUUUAUGUAAGAAAGAAACAUAAAAAUUUUAAACAAAAUAAAUCUGCGAUAAGAAUAUUGACUUAUUAUUCAAGAAAAUACAACAAUUUAUACCUCGUGAUUUAGAAUUAAUAAUGAUGCAUAAAUAUUGCUUAAGUUAACAAUUAGCAAAAUAAUAUAUUUAUGAAUAUUGUCACUUUAUGACAAUGAUGAAAUAUUCUCAAACUAUUUUAGUUCCUAGUGAAGAAGUUGAUUAAGUUUGGCAUACUCAUUAAUGUAUGACAAAACAAUAUCGUUAGUUUUGUAAUACAAUUUUUGAAAGAUUUAUUUAUCAUAAUCCUGCUAAUUUGGGAAAUUAGAAGACAGUAGAAAAUUUCUAUUUACAAACACUUAUGUUUUAUAAAAAAUUAUUUAAAUAUGAACCAGACUCUUAGAUUUGGCCAUGUUAAGAGGAAAGAUGGAAUCCUUAAAAUUUUUAAGGAUCAUGGCUUAAUUUAUAUAGAUUGUCAAUGAGUAUUAUAUAGUUGGUUUAAGAAAAGCUUGAACCAAUAUCAAAAAAUAUUUUAUUAAAAUAUGAAACUUGGAAGGGAACCAAUGUUUUUAAAGAUCAAACAUAAAUUAAAAUAGUAAAAGCAACAUAGAUGACACAGAAUCCUUUAUAAUUUUAAAAUUAUGAAGUUGGUUGUUACAGUUUAUCCUAAUUAUUGGAGGAUAGAUUUUCAGAAAAUCAGAGAGGAAAUGAGUUGGUUUUCGACGAUGAUGUCAUCAUAAACUCUAUUUAGUGA